AUGAACUGCAAUACUCACGGAGAAGAGACCAGUUAUCGAAUUCGUCCAGUUAUUAAUGACACAUUUUCAAAAUACGACGAAAAUUUACAUAAUAUUUCAAAUUUGAUUCAUCAGUACCGUGAAAUUGCCUUUGAAGAACAUAAGUCAUCAAAACUACUUACCGAUUUUCUAGUACAAGAAGGUUUCAUCGUUGAAUACGGUAUUGCCAAUCUUUCAACGGCCUUCGUUGCUACUUACAGUAAUAGUAAUAAUAGUCAAAGUGGUAGAACAGUCUCGUUUAAUUCCGAGUUCGAUGCUCUACCUGAAAUUGGUCAUGCAUGUGGGCACAAUUUAAUUGCAAUUGCCGGUAUAGGUGCUGCUUUGGCUGUUAAACAGUAUUUACAGGAGCAGCAGACAAAUGGCACCGUGAAACUGUUUGGUACACCGGCUGAAGAAAAUGGAGGUGGCAAGUUGCAUCUUGUUAAUGCUGGUUACUACAAAGACGUUGAUAUGAAUAUAAUGGCACAUCCAUCUCAGAACAGCGGUGCAUUCGUACCCUAUCGUGCAAUAGCAAAAUUGGAAGUAGAAUAUUUCGGUAAAUUAGCACAUGCUGCAAUCGCACCUUGGCAUGGUAAAAAUGCUUUAGAUGCAUUAGUCUUAGCAUACACUUCUUUGAGUGCACUGCGUCAACAAUUGCAUCCUUUGUAUCGUUUACACGGUAUUAUUGUUAACGGCGGCAGAUCGGCGAACGUUAUUCCCGAUUACAGCAAGGGUAUUUUUAUGAUACGUACGCCAACUGUCAAUGAUUUAUUAAAUGAAUUUAAACCACGUGUCAUACAGUGUUUCCUUGCAGCUGCAAAUGCAACUGGAUGUGAAGUUAAAAUUACAGAGAAGGGAAUAAAUAAAGAUGUUAAAAUAAACAGUAUACUUGCACAUCGUUACGAAUCAUAUUUUUCGGGUAUUAUGAACACAAAACUUUUGCCAAAAUACGAACAAGAGCGCAUGUCAUCUGGUUCAACAGAUCAAGGACAUGUUUCGUAUGCGGUACCAGCCAUACAUGCUGAAUUUGCGAUUCCGACAGAAAAUCAACAGGGACCACAUACAAAAGAAUUUGAACGUGCUACAACUACCGAUGAAGCUUUCCAACAGACAAUUAAAGCUUCGAAAACUUUAGCAUCUGUUGCAAUUGAUUUCUUAGAAGAUGAUUUAUUUGCAAAGAGUGUUGUAGAUGAAUUUAAAUUAUCGUCGACAUCUGAUACAACCACCACCCAAUCAUAG